AUGGGUCAGAAGUACAGGACCAUGUUUGGAGAUAAGAUUGCUGUUGAUGUCGAAAGGGGGGAAAUCUAUAAGGAUGAACACAAAGAUAGGGGACAUAUUCUGCGCAUCGUGUCUUUCAUGUACAUGCUGAUACUGGGGGCAAUAGUUACACGGUUUUGCAUUACGGGUGAUCUGUUUAGCCAAACAAUGGCUAAGGGGUUGCCUGUACCUCCAAAACAUAACUUCGAGGUGCCAUUCACAGAUUUCAAAAGUGUAGGAAGCAGCAUGGAAGCAGAAACCAAGUACCAAUCUGCUCCUGACCAUUGGAAGGGCCAUUGCGGACAACAGUUUGAAAGAAUGUAUGAUUUGAACAUUACAAGCGGAAUGGCGUAUGACCGACUUGGCAAUUUUGCCAAUGUCACAUUGGUCAAUCACGACUUCUAUGGACCUUUGAUCGAGGCAAGCGUCGGUGAUACUUUGAUUAUCAGGGUAAAUAGUCACACGGACAACGCCACAGUAAAGAUGGAAUUGGAUGGCGACUUCUCCAGUACUGUUGAAACUGUUGAUGCGACAUACAUUUUCAAAUUACAAAUUCACGAGCAUAAUGCUGGCACCUUUCUCUAUAGAAUCCAAAGUGGUGAUGCAAGUUUGUGCAUUGGCCCCCUAAUAGUCCAUUCCCCCUGUGAGGAUUCAAACAUUGCAAGCUAUUCGUCCGAUUUCACAUUCCUUCUCACCACUGACAAUAUUGGAAACACUGAGGAUUCCCUCUCACAUUUUCUCAAAUUUCACCAUGGAACUACAAGGAUCAGACUGAUCAAUACAGAUCCCAUGAAGUUUCUCAACUUCAGUACAAAAACAAGGAAAUUUGAGGUAGUGGAAAGUAAAGGUGAAUUCAUGAAACCAAUUUUUACAAAAACACUUCGUAUUGAUCCCAAUGGCACCUAUUCUCUAAUUUUUAGAAGAACCUCAAUUUUGGGCAAAAUAUCAGCAAAAGCCUCAAUAAUAAUGAAGAAGUUUCAAUUUCCAGCUUGGAGCUGA